AUGGAAGACACCACCGUGAAUUUUCACAACUUAUCAUCUGCUAAGGUUGUCGCUGUCGCUACAGGGGAAGCACACACUCUCCUUCUUACCGGGGAUGGAUGUGUGUAUUCUUGGGGAAGAGGAAUACUGGGGCGGCUUGGUGGAGGAUCAGAACGAGAUGAGCAUUUUCCCGUUCUUGUCAAGUUUGGAUCAGAACAUGACUCUGUCAGAAUAGUGGGAAUUGCCGCUGGUGCUUAUCAUAGUCUUGCUCUAGCAGAUGAUGGAUCUGUUUGGUGCUGGGGUUACAAUAUCUAUGGUCAACUUGGUAUUAAUGGAGAGGAUUACCAUAGCAGAAAAAACACAGAUGGAGAUUAUUCUGUAGUGCCCUGCUUAUUGAACAACUUUCUUGAGUUGCACCCUCCUGAUUCUUCAUCAACUGUUUCAGAAUCAGAACAAAAAGCAUCACUCAAGAUAAUUGCUGUAAAAGCAGGAGGAAUGAUGUCUCUAUCUAUUGAUAAUCUUGGGGCCUUGUGGAUGUGGGGAAAUUGUCCUCAGCAAAGCAAAGAAGGUGGCUUCUCUCUUAUAAGCGAUUUCACUCCCACGCCAGUGUGGGAUUUUCAUGGACACACAGUAGUUAAAGUAGCAUGUGGAAAUGAACAUGUUGUAGCACUUGUUAGUGCUGGAGAAUCAUACAAGGGUGAAGGUGAUCUAGUGUGCUACUCUUGGGGUAACAACAAUCAUGGUCAAUUAGGCUUAGGGGAUAAGGAGAAUAGGCCAAGACCAGAAGUGGUGAAAACAUUUGAUUUGGAUUCGCCUUGGGCAAUUUAUGAGGUAGCAUGUGGUGCCUUUCACACCGCUUUGCUCACUCAUAAAAAGAGGCCUAGUGACACAUUAGAAAGUAGUAGAUGUUGGACAUUUGGCCUUGGGGAUAAUGGUCAACUUGGACAUGGAACAACACAAAGCACAUUACUUCCUGAAGCUGUGAAAGAAUUGCCACAAAAUGUGCAUCUAAUUUCUUUGGAUUGUGGCUUGUUUCAUACUUGUGUUGUUUCCUCAGCUGGGGAUGUGUGGUCGUGGGGAAUGGAGAAGGGUCUUGGCUUAUGCCCUGAUGAUAAUUAUGAUGGAACAGAUUCUGGUGAUGCUCUUUCUCCCCUUCUUGUCUCUUGCAAUCCUUAUCAACCGAAAUUUCCAAAACCGGUUCAAAUAGCGUGUGGGGCUGCUCAUACUAUCCUUGUUGCACAUGAGGGAUAUAAGCUAUGGUCUUGGGGUAGAGGAAGGAGUGGUGUUCUUGGAAAUGGUAAGACUAUGGAUUGCUACACUCCCACCAUAGUGUUAUGGCCUCCACUCAUGGAAGAUUUCAAACAACAAGAGGAACUACAUAGCUAUGUUGAGCAUGAUAAGAUGAAUGAAAAGGUGAUUGAAGAAGUCAAAGAAACAGAUGAGAAAUUAUUAACUGAAUUGAAGCUGCUUCAAACAAAGGUAACUAUUAUGGAAAGAUAUGCUAGUAUGCUUCAUGGUUCUAUCUUUGGAGAACCUUUUGAUGAGCAAGAUAUCCCUGUCUCGUUGCAAAAUUCAGGUGCAUUUGAUAUUGCAAAGGAAUGGGAGAACAUGUUAGAGGCUGCUGAUCAUACAAAGCUAAUUAAGUUGCAAAUGCUCUACCGAAACAUGCUUGCUGGUGUGAAAGAUAAACUUAUGAAGAGAAGGAUUAAGGAGAUUAUAAAUGAAUGCCUACAAUCUACACAGGUGGAAAAUUAG